AUGUCUCCAGACAGGAAGGACGGCCGGCAGGACGGCAACGUUCUCCUUGUUAGCUACGUGGGCAGAGAUUGUUCAGGAGAAUGCAAGUUUCGGGUCGAAGCCCAGGAGUUUGGCAACAUUGAGAGCCUGCGGAAUUCCUACGACAGCCUGAAGUCCCACGACCAAACAGCGCUCCGAGUCAUUCAUGUCCAGGACGCGCCAUGGGCCGUAAAGCUCUUGUUGAAGAAGUUCAACAUCGAUCACUGCAAUGAUCCAGUAGGCACACGGUUUGCGCGGUGGGCGCGCUACGAGAAGCCCCAGCAGCGUGCAGGUAAACCGAUUCUGAAGGGUGAGACUUUCUCUCCACAGCGGGAUCCUUCGCGAGACAUCAGGCGCACGUCGUUUGGCUUGGAUUACCUCAAGCAUUAUCCGGCGGACAGCGUCCCUGAUUCGGCGGCUGCCGACAAGAUGAUGGAGCUGAAUCAUUACGACGCUGCUGGCGCGCCGGCUCAUGGAUACGACGUUUUCGUUCAGCGGCUAGCCGUCUAUAUCCAGCAUAGGGAAGCACUAACGUUAAACGUGCCUCUCACGGCUCCUGACGCAGGGAACCCUUGCUAUCACCACGGCGCCGAGGACAGGGGUCUUGAGCACUUAAACAAGCAGCACGAUAGCGGUAGCGCUGGUAAAGGCGGAAGGUUGGCGUCCGUUGCAGAGGUACUACCUGUACAGCCCAUGCCAGACGUCAAGUCCUUCGACAACGGCAGUGUCGUAAUCAUCUUCGAACACUCCCAGUCCAGGGCCGUAGAAGACACCCUCAUCGGCGCGCGUCAAGAGACCGAAUCACGCUGGCAACGGCUCACUCUCAGCCUCCCACAAGGAGAUGCGGUCAACGACGAAAACCUGGCUCUUCAAUGCAUGGAUCUGGUUCUCUGCGACAUCUUCAAGGCUCUAGCUAGCGCUUGGGAGCGGUACCUGUCCAGUUGCGGCACUCAUGUGUCCAUACUCGAAGACAAGGUCUACGAUUCUCCAGCUGAUGAGAGCCGCGCUCCUGAGCUCUGGGCAAGCCACAGCCUGUGGCGGACGGUGGAGAAUCUUAUGCGCAUCCACGUCGAUACCGUUAAGGAGAUGAGGAUGCAUCUGAGAGAGCUUGCUGGUGAAGAGAUCAAGGAACAGUGGCUGGGGACUGUGCAAGACGACUUCGAGAAACUUGCCAAUCUGGUCGAAGACAAGCUUCUCAAACCCACCGACAAUCUGAGGGAGCUGAUGUACCAGUCGGUCCAGAUCCGAGAUUCGCGGCACAAUCUCGAGCUAGGAAUGAGCAUGUGGCGCCUCUCGUGGAUCACAUUCAUCUUCUUGCCACUGACGUUCCUCGUCGGCUUCUUCGGCAUUGACCCCUUCAGGAGGGAUCCGAGUGUCAAGUGGUUUGUUAUUUUCAUACUCCCACUAACGGCAAUAGUCGUGGCGCUCUGGUUCUCCUUCAAGUACUCCUCCGCCGCCCGCAUCGGACAUCCCACGCGCCGCGGGGUCUAUGAGCAUGAGUUCCAUGCUCUGUCCAAUGCUUAUCCGCAACUAUGGUCGCGUGCCGGACCGCGUACGGACGUCAAACCGCAAGGUUUCUCCAACAAGAUGAAGUGGCGCUUGAUCCUAAGUUGGUACGCACCAAGCAAAACCACUCUUGUACCCAGCUACGAGCCCAGGGAAGAGACUGGGGCCUGGUCGCGCGUCAAGCGGUAUCUGGUGUGGCAUUGGCUCGGUCAGAUCAAGUUUGCAACGGCUUCUUCUAUUGCAAAUCUAGAACUCGAAGAGGAAAGCAUCACCGGAAGCGAUCUGAAUACCAAUCACGUCCUCGAUCUUUCCGUCACGCCUCUUAUGGCAACAGAAGCACAGCCGGCAAUUGCGCGAUCCACUACGCCUCCUUCUCGACACCUCCGUCCGGCAUCGGCGUCGUCAGGUCCUUCGCGACCAAGCAGCACGACCAACAGCGAUUUCAAAAUAGCAGAGGCUAGAUCUGACGUGUCGAACGAUGAGAUACUGAAAAGAUGA